GUUACUUACAGCAUUCUUUAUUUGGACACGAAUUUAAGGUCAGACUAGCGAGAAGUAACAAGCUAGCAUCAAGUGAACACCAUGUCGUUCGCUUGUCAUCUCCCCUCGUUUUUCUUCUUUCUGCUUUUCCACAGCGGCAAGGCCAAGGGCAGCAAAGCCUCUUCUAAUGCUGCUCCCACCUUGGGAGCGAGACCAGUGCGAAACCACAACUCCGCAGCAGGAGGUGCAGCAACAUCAACAAGAAUUACGACCACAAGCAGGAAGAAUGAAUUAGAAUUAGGGGGUUCUGAGGUAGCUGGUGCUACUCCACCUACACCUCCAUAUGAUCCCUUUGCAGUAGAUGAAAACGCCCUCUUGCCCUGGAAUGAGCGGGACCUGCGGGAUUUUGUGGAGAUUGAAGACUUUUCCAUGAUAUCAAAUGCAAAAAUGUCUGGGUCUGGAAGGUGGCAACUUCUCAUGGUAAAUCUGAAGCAUGCAAAAAUCUGUGUUGCAUGAGUGCCAAAACCUGUCCACUUUUGACCAAAAUGGAAGGAACUUUCUCAUGCAGGAUAGGCAUGGCAGAGACCUCGCACCUGAGUCUGUCAUGCUAAGUCCCGUAUUCCAGACCUCAUGGGUCAUGGAAAAUCUGCAUCACAAGUUUACACUUUUCCAGACCCGGACACUUUUGCACUUGAUACAUGAUGGUGAAGAACAACGUUUGCGACGAUCUUUACACCAUGUUUCUCGCUACUGCUGCGGUGCACCGGAAAUAUCCUGUGCAAAAGUAUCGUACUCGUAGUAACUGCAUUUAUGCAUUACAAAUCUCUUUCUCAGGGUAAAUCAGCAAUACAAAUUCAAUUUGUAAUGCUGGGCUAAUUUGUAAUGCAUUUAUACGAGUACGAUGCUUUUGCAGUUCAUAGGAAAAGCUGGCAGCGGAUCACGAAGAAGACGAGGGAUAAGAUCACAAAUGCGACUUCUGAGAAGUUGAUGUCAGCAGGCGGUGUUGACGAGGCAGAUGCAACAGGUUCUGCGUCUACAAGUACUUCUCCUUCCCAAGAUCAUAAAGAGGAGCAGAACAACGAUACGGAACCAAGCAUGAAUACAGAAUUGCAUUUGGUAGACGCGAGUGGCUUUUUACCGAGAGGAAAUUUACUACCGCACCACACGAAGUACAGAUGCUGACCAACAAGCAUGACAGCACUCUUGUUCUGCUACCUGUUAUUGAGCGUGCCAAUAAACAACUUCGGUUCUGUACUGCGUUAUUAGCGAAAUUUGUGAAGAUGGAUGUCCUGCUACGUGUUCUUCGUGUGUCGUGGUAAAUUUGUAGUGCAUACUCCCCGAUCUAUUUCAACUACCAUCGCGAGCGUGUAACCGACGACAGAUGGGAGAUGCAGUCAUGGCUGAAAGCGGGAGAGGCGAAUAAGCUCUACAAUGCCGAUGUCCUGCAGUUCGCCUGUCACGUCUUCCGGAAUUUGCACGAUUUCGAGGUAGAAAACGCCGCGAAAAUGAUGAAAAGCAGAAAUAUUAACGCUGGCGCGGCCACUGGGGAGCAGGAGAAUUCUGAUGUUGAUCCUGCAGCUACACAAACAAGAGAAACGUCGCAAGUACUAACUUCGACACUCACGGAAGAUGAAGUUCAGGAGCUGGCACUUCUGCAGAAAAAGGCGCGUGACCAUGAGAAAUUUUACCUCAAUCACGCUAUCGGAGUGGUGGAAAGUGGAAAAUUGUUUCUGGACGAAAAUGUUGAAUUUUCGUCCACAUCAAGUACGACUAGUGCAACCACGACGGCUUCGCUCUCCUCAUCGUCUUCUAUUAGCGGUGACAGUGUACAACUAGAGAAAUCCGUGCGACAAUCGGCUCUAACCGAUGAUGAAAACAGCACGACAAACCACGGAAAAAAUCUUCAGAACAGUACGGAGAUCAGCUUCACCUCCGAGCGGGAGAGGAGUUUGAUUCUUACCAACGGAAAAACGGCCGAGGAUCUGGUGUUGAAGCAUUUGCAGAGAGCCCUGGACUGCGUCUAUCUCGCUGCGGAAGAAGUUCUUGUAGAGGGGGAACAACUACACGGGCAGGGUGUUGGGAAAAAUCCUGGUGAAAAGAACCUCGCAGCGGCAGCACCGUCCUGCCGUCUCCCGGCGAUUCAACUCUCCCGGACUUCUUUGCUUUCGUUGGCGAAAAUAUCGCAAGAAAAAACUGUUUCACUGUGAACUUGUGAUGCAGAAAAUGGAACACAGAACUAUUUGUCUUGCUACACCUGCAAGACAUUGGAUUUUUCAAGCGUGUUUUCCCUUUGGAAGCCCGCAUGACAAAUUUUCAGUGUCAUGUGUAGCAAACUUGUGAUGCAGAUCUUGCAAAGCCAUCACAGUGAAACAGUUUUUUCCUGGGACAGAAAAACCGUGCAGCGAACCACUACUUGCUGUUUUGGUUUUUAUAUGCAGUGCAAAAGUAUCGUACUCGUAUAAAUGCAUUACAAAUUUCCUCAGCAUGAGACAUAAAAUUUGUAAUGCUGAUUUACCUUGACGAAAAGAUUUGUAAUGCAUGAUUACAAUACGAGUACGAUACUUUUGCACAAGAUAUUUUGUACCUCGAGGAGGCCGCGUGGUUCACUUUUUUGGCAGUGUCGGAUCACGCAAAGGUAUCACAGGAAAAAAGUGUUACGGUUACACAUCUGUUCGAGUUUCUGCAUCACAAAGUUGCUCGACAUGGCAAAGAAAAGCUGUGAUGCGCAGAGUAUAAGGGAAAACACGAAUGAACUGAGGCUGGCAUGCAUUUCCUGCAUGACAGAGGUUGUCUGUGUUGCUUGUCUUCCAUUAGUAGAGUGUAACUGUAUUAACACUUUUUUCUUGGGAUAAAAGGUGGAGGGCGGUGUCUUUCCGCAGUCGGAACACGACCGGAGGGAGCAGGUGUUGAUACGGAUUGCAAAUAUGUCUGAGACUGGAAGAUUGCAAGUUUGUCAUGCUUGUCUGGCAUGACUCGAGAAUCUGUGUUGCAUGGGCACAAAAAGGUCCUCUUACGUGUCAUGCAAAAACGCAGUUUGCCAUGCGAAAUACGUAACACAUGGCAGCCAAAAAAUUUGUCAUGCAUAGGUGCGUAUUACAGUGCGUCUAUCAUUCCUUUUUAGCAUUACAAGUUUCCAGACCCAGACAUAUUUGCAAUGCAUAGGUGAACAUCCGGGACAAUUUGGACAUCAAGUUUAACUAUCAAGUGUAAAAAUGUCUGGGUCUGGAAGAAUGCAACUUGUCAUGCUGAUUUUGGACUCUAAAAAAAUUUGUAUUGCAUGACCAGCAAGAGGGGUCCGGUUUGUGCUACACGGACAGGGCACUUCUCAUGCGAAACGUGCUUCAGGAAGCCCUCUAAAAGUCUGUGAUGCUAGGUCAUGCAUUACAGGCGUCAUGGAUCAUGAGAAAUAUGCAUGACAAACCUGGCAAUCUUCCAGACCCAGACAUUUUUGCAGUUGAUAUCAGCAUGCAGUUCAUCGGGUUUCGCUUCGAGGCGGUCCGCUGGUUGAUGGAGGAGAUUUUAGUGAAGGACAGUAGCGGGGUGCGGCGAAAGAGCUUGAUGAAAGAGCAGGAGUACAAUUCAUCGUAUGGGCAGGAGCUCCUGGACCAACAUCAUCAUGCGGGUUUAUCGCAAUACUUCUCGGACAAGGAGGCCAAGUGCAUUUUGAACGGCAACAACGCGCCGGCGUUUGGGGCAGCGGGGGAGAACAAGAGGGCUUAUGAUCUGGCCGAUGAUUUAUUUCGGCAUGAAGAACGCAGCGUGGAGGAACGGCCCGGGGAGAAAAGUUCUUCUACAGCAAGAACACUACCCGAGUCAGCUUUGAUCGUGGAGAAAAACCUCGUGCACACGAAGAACGACCAUCUGCACCGGCGACCGGCCUCGGAGUCACCGCGCGCGUGGCGGAGAAAAAUGCAAAGUCUCGACGGGAAAAUGCAAGAUACUGCAACUAGUGCUUUUUCCACCACAUCCACUUCUGCCGAAAAACUACUAGACAACAACCAUGAAGAAAUCAAUAACCGCGACAGAGAUCAAGAACAUGUUGAAGAUGCUUACUCCUGUCACCACCACAGUCUGCGCGUCGCGGAAAUUGGCGUGUUUUCGGGCAACACCAUGCGGUAUCUGUUGAGUCCGCCGUCGGAAGGGCGUCGCGGGGAGAUCAUGGGGAUGGGGAGCGGAGCAAGUAAAAACUCUUCAGGAAGCCGUCUUGAAGAAGAGCGUUCGUCGGGGGACGCUACAGCGUCUCAGCGUAGCGGUUCUCCUUCAGCUUCUGUUCUACUCACCAAACAAGCUGCAGAGAAAUCGUUUAUCAGCUACUACGCAGCAGUGGAUCCCUGGUUCAUGCCCAUCAUUCCGGACGACUUAAAGAAGGAUUUGAAAAACAUGCAAACUCGGGUGGAAGAGGACUGUGAGUUACUGAUGCAGCAGCAGCAAACGUCGAGUUCUGUUGUAUCAGCACAAACUGCUGGCACGGUUUGCGUAUGCAUUGCAAAAGCAUCGUACUAAUAGAAAUCGCAUUACAAAUUCGGCCAGCAUGACAAAUGUAAUUUGUGAUGCUGUUUUACCUUGGGAUGGAAAUUUAUAAUGCAUGAUUGCGAUUACUACGAGUGCGAUACUUUUGCACAGGAUAUUGCGAGGUGUUUCCACUGAAAUCCCUGCAAUUUUCCCCGGCGCGGAUCCGGAAAGGAUUGUUGUCUACUUCAUCUACAAGUGGUACUUCUUCUUUGCUGCCGACGUUCAACAGACACAAUCGCACGACAAUUAGUAGGAGAACCUCCGUGGGGACAGAAACAUCAAGAAGUGCUGGGGACAAGAAGGGACGAACAAGCGAACAAGUUGACAUGCCGGUUCAACGGCAAGAACUUCUACAUCAACCGAACUACAAGAAAACGCUCCAUCCAACGACCCACCACCACAAUCUCCAGACCAACGCGUGGCAGCGUGUGUUCGACCUAUCCUGUGCAAAAGUAUCGUACUCGUAGUAUUUGCAGUCGUGCAUUGCAAAUCUUUUUCGUAAGGUAAAUCCGCAUUACAAAUUUCAUUGCUAAUGCUGAGAAAAUUUGUAGUGCAUUUAUACGAGUGCGAUACUUUUGCUUUUGCAACGCAUACGACUUGGUGUUCAUCGAUUCCGAUCACAGCUACGGCGCCUAUCAAAUGUAAAAAUGUCUGGGUCUGGAAGAAUGGAAGGCUUGUCAUGCUUGUCUGGCAUGACCCAUGAUGCUUGUAAUGCAUGACCCAGCAUCCCAUGAUGCUUGUAAUGGCAUCAGGAAGCUUUCCAAAAAUCUGAGAUUUUUGGAAAGCUUCCUGAUGCCAUUUCCGCAUGACAAAUGCCCUCCUCGCAUAGCACAAAUGUGGCUCCUCUUGCUGGUCAUGCAAUACAGAUUUUUUUAGAGUCCAAAGUUAGCAUCACAAGUUCCAACUUUCCAGACCCAGACACUUUUACAUUUGAUAGUGCCGUACGGAAAGACAUCCAAAAAUACCUGCAGAUGCUCCGGCCCGGCGGGUUGCUGGUAGGGCACGACCUGCACCCGGAUCACUACAUCACGACGAUCGGAAUCCUGGGCGAGCUGGCGGAGUUCUGGCGGCAGGUGCGACUUGCGAAGCAGAAGGACUUUGGGAACAACACGACAACAACAAGCGCGAACAUACAACGAUCGGGAGAAUUUGUAGAGAAUGAAGAGAACAUCAGCAUGAACAGCAAGCUGCAGGUAAAUUUGAUGACGGACGGGACGUGGUGGGUGAGAAGACCGCCGGAACUGGAUGAAAUUGAGAAGGAGGAGGGCGUAUAAAAUGUAAAAAUCUCUGGGUGGUCUGGAAGAUUCUAAACUUGUAAUGCUGUCUCUGGAAUCUAAAAAAAUUUGUAUUGCAUGACCAGCAAAAGGACUCCAGUUUGUGCUACGUGGCGAGGGCAUUUCUCAUGCGGUAGAGGCAUCACAAAGGCCUCGAAAAAUCUGUCAUGCUAGAGCAUGCAUCACAGACAUCAGGAGUCUUCCAAAAUAUGCAUCACAAGCUUCCAGACCCAGUCAUUUUAUACAUUUGAUAGGGCGGGGCGCAGCAGCACAAAAAUAGUAAACAUGUCUUCCUCAACUACGUCCCUCAAGACGGCAUGUGGGCGAAGUUUCGGGACACUUAGGUCGUGGAAGAUCAUAUGAAGUAGAACAACCGAACUAUAACAAGUUGCAUCUUCAUCUUCUCACUUUACAACUCUACUGUUGAAAUGGCGUAUUAGGGAUUUUCAGUAGAGAAGAGGAAGCGCGACUAAUAUGUUGUGGUUGACGAGAUGGGAGAGGGAGGAGGAGGACAAACUGAAGAAAAGAUGAAAAAUUGCGAUGACUUUUGAUCUUUGGAGCAGCUCCGCAGUUAGGAUUUUGGAGUUGGUGUCGUGGUGCGGUUCUUGUUUGUGGCGAACGUUUUGAGACGAGAUCUGUCAUCUCGUUCUACUUGUCGGCGUGCAGUAGAAAAAAUUGUCGUUGCCCCACCGUGCCAACGGGUAAUGCUUAUGGGUUAACGGUUGGUUCCGAGGCCGCUGCCGGGUAGUAGCAAGUAAUGUUCUUCAGACGGUUGUACUACAUGAAUAAGACAGCGGUUUAUUUCCUCCUCCCCCGCAGUGGUUCUGGUUUGUUUUGUUCGGAGUGGUAUAGCGGCACGCGAGGAUGUUUUGUGGGUAGUAAAAACCAGCUCGGGAGCAGCCCCCUUGAGAACAAUUUCCAGCCGCUGCGCCUCCAGCCGGUCGAUAACCUUAACCUGCAACCUAUCUAGAAACCGGGAGUAGAAGAUGUUGGUGAGGUCUUGAAAAAGAUUGCAACUUGUCGCGCUGCCGAACUCCUGUAGUAUCAGCGACGUGGCGCGACUAGUACGACAAGAAUGACACAACCGUUAUUCGGGAGAACUGCAUCAAACGUGAUGAUCUAAAUUAGAAUUUGAUCGAAGUUGUAGACGGGUUCUGCUUUUAUCGAGGACUGGUACCACUUCGCGUUACUACUCAAGACGCUAUUGUUCUUUCCAAUUUACAACGUAUGUCGUGGCACUUGCCUGCAAAAGGAAUUGAAUCAUGAU